AUGAGCAGAAGAGAUUUACUGAAGAACCAAAUUUGAAUUUUCUUUAUCACAUAUUUUACUAUAGCAGCUAGGCAUAUAUCAAUACAAAGCUGAGCAAUGGUGAAGCCAGAAAUUGGUGAUGAUUUGAGCAUGGACUCGACUUUACUUGGAACAUUAGAUUUUACCUUUUUAUUCUGCUAUGCAUUUGGAAAUUUUAUAAGUGGAACCUUAAGUGACAAAAUAUCUCCUUCAAAAGUAGCCUCGAUUGGUGUCGGGUUAGGAGGGAUUAUUUACUUAAUUUGUGUUUUACUUGGAAGUUUAAAGAUAAAUAAUCCAUUGGUAUUUUCUAUUUUAUUUGCUUUUGAAGGAAUAUUUCAGUCUGCAGCUUGGCCAUCAAGCGUAUCAAUUAUGGGAAAUUGGUUCCCAAAAGCAAACACAGGGAAAAUAAUAGGAUUUUGGAGCUCAAAUGCAGCAGCAGGCCACUUAAUUGGAGCUCAGCUGUCUGCAUUUUUGAUGUAUAAUAAAGUUAGCUGGAAGCUCAUCAUUAGUUUUUGUGCUUAUUUUAUGAUUUUUGUUGCUAUAUUGCUGUGGAUUUUCGGCAAAGAUAAGCCAGAAUAUUCUUUAGAAGCAUCUACCCCUCUUCUAGCCGACACAAACUUAGAAAUAAAAAAGGAGCCUAAAAAGAAGUUAACUUUCUGGCAAGCUUGGCUCUUGCCAGGCGUUAUAAACUACUCAUUGAGCUUCGCAAGUGUAAAAACCUUAAACUACGCCAUAUUAAUGUGGCUUCCUUACUAUUUGCACGACGAUUACAAAAUCGAUAGCAACAGUAUUGGAAUUAUGGCAAAUUUAUAUGAUGUUGCAAGCUUGGUUGGAGUUUUUAUAUUUGGAUGGGUGACUGAUAAGCUAGGAUCUCGAGGACCAACGCUUUGUGUGAUCAUGUUUUCAACCUUGCCCGUUAUUUGGGGAUUUGAAGCAGUUCCUGUUAAUAGUUGGUGGAUUUUUUACUUUUUGUCAUUUAUGAUAGGAAUUUUGGCUGGGGCUGCAGGACAAUUGAUUCCUGGAGCUGUCUCGGUUGAUAUUGGAAGACAUGAUAGCGAUAAAUCGUGUGAAAAAGCAUUGUCGACUGUUGCUGGGAUUAUUGAUGGAACUGGAAGCUUGGGAGCUGCAUUUGGGCAGAUAUUAAUUGGAUAUUUGGCAUCUUUUGAUUGGAUGUAUUCUUUUAUUUUUAUGCUGAUUGCUGGGUUUAUAUCGUUUGCGCUUUUACUGCCAAUUGGUGUUAGAGAAUAUACAGCUAAAAAAGUAGAGAAAAAAACAUAUAAAAUAUAAAUAUGCUUACUUUUAAUAGAAAUUAAAUUAAUUUCUUCUGGUCCAAAUUUCCUCGGAAUAUUUAGAUGAAAAUGACCCAAAAAAUGAGCUGGCUCUGAAAUUUAAUUGAAAUUUUUCACAAAAAGAAGAAUCAAAAGAUCGACUAGAUAUAG